GGCUCCGAUCCCACUUGAUGGAGCACGGUGUACUAAAGAAACAUUACAUAACCUAGUUGACGUUUCGUUCAUUGCAGAAGAAGAAAAAUCCGAAAAGUUUUUCUCGUACCUGCGAUUAUUCUAUUUUUUGUGGAUUUAUUCAACUAAAUUAUAAUGGCCGGAGGUGAAGGUGCUGAUAACCCAAACUUGAAAGGACUAUCCAGGAUUUUCAAUUCGGAAACCAACUACGGACGGGCAAAUGUUGCAAAGGCAACGUAUGCGUUAAUGGGUCUAGCAAUCCUUUACUUUACAUUCAAGCCAAAGAAGAAGUAAAGCGAAAUGUGAAGGAGUGAUAUUGUCAACUCAUCAAUUUAAUGCUCCUCAAGUCCCAACAUAAAGUCUACAAAAGUUAAUAGGAAGAAAAAGUCACUUGUAAUCGAUGCGAUUCUUGAAGUAAUAAAUUGAAUUCCAUUUCAACA